CUGCACUGCACACAGCACCACGUACAGCUGUUGUGAAAUUAAGUUGAGCCGAGCGCCGCAAUAAAAAUAAGCUGUUUUAGGAUUAGAUACAAACAUGCAGGAAUCGUACCCAGUGAUAGGAAAAGUCCCCACUCACAUACUGACUUGGGGCAAGUGGAUCGAAGAAUCGCUGGGAGACAAUAAAGAGGUUGUAAUUUGCAUCACAGGCAACCCCGGCCUGCCGGGAUUCUACACCAAGUUCCUUUCCACCGUACACGAAUGUCUCAAUAAAGAGAUGCCAGUGUGGGUUAUCGGUCACGCCGGACAUGACGAAGCAAGUGAUAGCCCGUACAAGAAGGCUGUACCGCCAAUUGAGAAGAAUGAACAACUAUACAAUCUACACGGACAGUUGCAGCACAAAAUCGACUUCAUUCGUAAAUACGUUCCAGCUGGGGUGAAAAUACAUCUGAUUGGACAUUCCAUCGGCUGCUAUCUGGCCUUGGAGCUGCUAAAGAUUCCCGAUAUCAGCGAGCGCGUACAACACUGUUACUUCCUUUUCCCGACUAUCGAGCGGAUGGUAAGCGCCCGGAACGGGUUCAUUCUGACCAAGAUCAUCAACCCUGUUUAUUUCGUGGUACAGUGGUUUUAUCGGUGCUUUGCGAUGCUGCCGAAUUUUGUUAAAGUUUGGAUCAUUUACUGCUACUUCCUUCUGUCCGGAACUCCCAAAUACUACCUGGGAACGGCACUAAAGUACACUAACCCGGCUGUCAUAGACAAGGUUUGGUUCAUGGCUUUGGAUGAAAUGGAAAAGGUACAGAACCUGGAUUUAGAAAUAAUUGAAAGCAAUAAACACCGACUGAAAUUCUACUACGGAACGAGGGACGGUUGGGUUCCGGUUAAAUAUUACAAAGAGCUGAUGCAGAAGAUUCCUAGCGUAGACGCUGAACUGUGUACGAGAAAGUUCGAACACGCAUUCGUAUUACGGUCGGCAGCCCAAAUGGGUUUCAUGGUCGGCGAAUGGAUCCUGAAGCAUCGGGUUGCACACUUCAGGCAAGACUAAACUGAACGGCAUAAUAGUUAAAAUUAAAGUAAGCGCACUAAAAGGCGCCGACCACUCCAAUUUUCCCUUUUUUUUAUUUGCUUGGAAAUAUUAUAAAAUUUGCGGGUAUAACACUUUUGAGAACUUUGGAGAAUUAACUCUGUUCUUCUUGUAUUUUGAAUGUUUAUAAUUUUUCUAUGCGUUGCUUCCACCUUCGCUCAAGUGCAGCGCUACUGUAUCUGUCGCUUGGAUUCUGGCAAAGUUGCCAGUCUUCUUGAUAUGAUGUCUUCGAUAAAAUGUUAUGCUACAUGUUAACUUUAACGAAUUGUUGGUAACAUAUUGACUUCAGGAAAAUAAAUCUCACUUUUUCAACUGCAUGACAGUAGCAUAGAAGAUGAUAUGUCUAAGUGAAUAUUUCUGAAAGCUAAUUCGAUGGCGUUCAGUUCAGUAUGGAUUUACUAAGACAACUUAAUAUUUUUAUAAGCACUCACUUUAAUUUGUGAUUGAACAGCCGUUACUCCAAGUAACUGUGACUUGGCACAAUUGGGCUUUAGACAUUAAAUCGAAAUGUAAUGCUACAUAUAUUUGUAUUCAAUAACCAUCACACAUUGAGCUAAUAAACCGACAUUCACUAUCCAUAAAUAUUUCUUAAG